CCCUGAACAUUCUCGAUUGCAAAUCCACCAAAAUCACAUCCUACUCCGUUCUAACAUGACUGAAUCAGCCAAAAAAAUUACUCGCGUUUGGUGCGAUGGUUGCUAUGAUAUGGUCCAUUUUGGCCAUGCCAACUCCCUUCGUCAAGCCAAAGCUAUGGGUGAUUACCUCAUUGUGGGAGUGCACACGGAUGAGGAAAUCACCCUACACAAAGGACCUCCGGUUUUCAAUCAAGAAGAGCGUUAUCGGAUGGUUCGUGCCAUCAAGUGGGUCGACGAAGUGAUAGAAGGAGCUCCUUACGUCACCACGGUUGACACUUUGAAUAAGCACAACGUAGAUUUUUGUGUCCAUGGUAAUGACAUUACCAUGACAGCCGAUGGGAUUGAUACUUAUCAGGCUGUGAAGGAUGCCAAUCGAUACAAGGAGUGUGAGCGCACUCAAGGCGUGUCCACGACGGAUCUUGUGGGUCGCAUGCUUUUGAUGACGAAGUGCCAUCAACUCAAGGGCGAAAAGGAAUACGGGACUUCGGACAAAAAUCAAGACAGGGUGCCGGAGAAUCAUUCUGAUUACUCGAUGGAUGGGUCCGCCCGCUCUCCGUGGACAGGUGUUUCCCAAUUCUUGCCGACUACGCAAAAGAUCAAUCAAUUUUCAAAUUCACGGCCUCCAAAGCCUGGUGAUAAGAUUGUGUACGUGGCGGGAGCAUUCGACUUGUUCCACAUUGGAUGCUUGGACUUUCUAGAAAAGGCGGCUGAGCACGGAGAUUAUUUGAUCGUGGGGCUUCACACCGACCCCGCGGUGAACCGAUACAAAGGAUAUAAUUAUCCUAUCAUGAACCUUCAGGAGCGUGCGUUAAGCGUUCUUGCUUUCAGAUGUGUGGAUGAAGUAGUAAUUGGUGCUCCCUACGCAAUAAGCCAAAGUUUGAUGGAGGACCUAAAUGUGACCGUAGUCUGCCAUGGCGAAACAUAUGUGAGCCCAUGUGAAGAUGGAACUGAUCCGUAUGAAGUGCCAAAGAAAUUAGGCAAAUUCCGCCUAGUCAACUCUGGUAAUUCACUCACCACCGAGAAACUUGUUCAAAGGAUUGUGGAAAGACGAUUGGAUUACGAGAACCGCAAUGCCAGAAAAGAAGAAAAAGAGAUUGCAGCUUUUGAAGCAUUGCAAAGAAGCAAGGGUCUUGACGGCUAAGACUCAAGUUGCACCAUUCUAAUCACUCUCUAAGCCUUUAAAGACAUCAGACUCACAUUGAUUACCUCGUUUGGAUUGAAAUCCCAAAGAGCCACUUAGUUCAACCAUAUUUCAAGUCACCAAAUCCUCUUAUCAUUUUUCAGCCACCAUUUUGGAAUGAACGAGACAUGAUUUUCUAAACCUAAGCGAUUACCAAGUUUUGUAAUAAAUACAUUUCUUACUUGGCCAAA